AUGAAACUUUCAAGUUUCUUAACCGUUUUAAUCUUUAAUUGGAUGUUAUGGACAUCUGUUAAAACUACUCCAACUCGAAAAGAUUUAUCUAGUCAUUCUGAAGAGGAUUAUACGGCAAAGGAUCUGACUAAAAUAUUAAAUGAUGGGGCUGAAUCGUCUGCUGACACUCAAAUCCAAAAAUAUAAGGAAACGUUGAAAACAAAAUUAGAAAAUAAGAAAAAGGACACAGAUAAAGGAGAAAACAAAGUGCCUAACAAAAGUAAAUAUAUGAAAACGUACCGUCAAAAAAAUAGACAAAGAUUGUCUGAAUAUCAUCGAAAUUACAAAAAAAUUAACAAGGAACAUAUAAAUAAAGAAAGGAAUAAAUACAUGAAAUUUUACCGUGAAAAUAAUAAUGAAAGUAUGAAUAAAAAGAGGAGAAUAUAUUACCAAAAUAACAAAGAAAAGUUGAAUGAAUACAGGCGAAAAUGGCGACAAAAUAAGAAAAACGUUCAAUCUGAUAAUAAUGAAGGAACUUCAUCUGUUAAUCCACAAACUAGUGAUUUUACUAAUUUAGUUAAAUUAUCUAUUGUUUGCGAGGAGGAAGGAAAUCGUUUAAAUCAAGGAGAGGAAAAAUGCUAUAAUGGGGAAGAUGGGCAAAAUCAAAUCGAGAUAGAAGAGCCAAAUAAAAUUCUUAAAGAUAUCACAAUAGAUUCGAAUAAGAAAAUUCAUUCUUUUGAUCUGAACGAGAAACCUGAGGAUGAAGAAAUGGGAGAUUAUUAA